UCCUGCUGCAUCCAAGGCUGCCCGCCCCCACCACUUCCGAAGCGGCCGUUUUAGUUUGCUGCGUCCCGUCUCGCCGGCCGUUCGCGUCCGUCUCAUCCGAGACCAUGGCUGUUGAUUCGGGCACGAAGCCAUCCCGCACCACCAACGGCGGCAAGGCGCCGGCGCCCAAGGCCUCCGACUCUGGCAUUGCCAAAAGGCUCCCGCGCCUCGCGUUCGUGUUAUUGUUGGCGCUGUUGUACCGGCAGCUUCAGGCUCCGCCGCCGAAGAUCCCUGGAACACCGGGCGGCCCUCCGGUCACGUCGGCGAGGAUCAAGCUCAAGGACGGGAGGCACCUGGCCUACCAUGAAUCCGGCGUCCCAAAGGAACAGGCGAAGUACAAGAUCAUCUUCGUACAUGGAUACGAUUCCUGCAGAUACGACGUGCUCCAAGUCUCACCCGACCUGGCACAAGAGCUGGGGAUCUACCUGCUCUCCUUCGACCGGCCUGGAUAUGGAGAGAGCGACCCGCACCCGGGUAGGACGGAGAAAAGCAUCGUGUUCGACAUCGAGGAGCUCGCCGACGGUCUGCAGCUCGGCCCAAAAUUCUACCUCACUGGGUUCUCCAUGGGCGGCGAGAUCAUGUGGAGCUGCCUCAAGUACAUCCCUCACAGGCUUUCUGGCGUAGCCAUCCUGGGCCCUGUGGGCAACUACUGGUGGUCCGGGUACCCCGCGAACGUGUCCGGAGACGCCUGGUACGUGCAGAUCCCGCAGGACCAGUGGGCCGUCCGCGUGGUGCACCACGCCCCCUGGCUCACAUACUGGUGGAACACCCAGAAGUUCUUCCCGGCCUCCAGCAUCAUCACCUUCAAUCCCGCAAUCCUCUCCCGGGAGGACAUGGCCGUCAUCCCCAAGCUUGCCUACAGAACCUACGCCCACCAAGCGAGGCAGCAGGGGGAGCACGAGAGCCUGCACCGCGACAUGAUGGUCGGGUUCGGCAAGUGGAGCUGGAGUCCACUGGAGAUGGAGAACCCGUUCCCGGGCGGCGAGGCGAAGGUGCACCUGUGGCACGGCGCCAAGGACCUCAUCGUGCCCGUCGGCUUGUCCCGGUACAUCAGCGAGAGGCUGCCGUGGGUGCGGUACCACGAGCUGCCCACGGCGGGGCACCUCUUCCCCAUGGCCGACGGGAUGGCGGACGUCAUCGUCAAGUCGCUGCUGCUCGGGGACGAGUGAUAUAUGUCUGUCUCUUGAGUUCUUUUCGGUGUAGUAACUUUUACAGUGGAGUUGAGUGAGUGUGAGAUCAUGUGUGAUGAAACAUGGGACUUUGUACAGAAAUUGGUAAGAGCAAAAUGUUUAGCAUAAUGACGAUGUUCAUAUGUUGUUA